GUGGUAGGAGGGGCUGAGGUGAGUCCGGAGCUGGAGUCUGAGGUGAGCCCGGCGCGGGGUACCGCAGGAGGCGGGCGCGGUGGGCGCUCCGGUCGGUCAGCAGCGCCUCCGUCCCGGCACAGGGGGAGCGCGGGAUUCUUGUUCCCGUGAAAGGAAAUCUCAUGCUCCUGGAAAUGGCCUGAUAUGAAGGAGUCAUACCUGCAGCUUUCCCAAGCUGCCCUGUGGGUGCCUUGUCCUUCAAGUGCAGGAGCUGGCUGAAAUGUCAGGAAUGGAAGCCAAUGUGACUAUCCCAAUCUGGCAAAACAAGCCACAUGGGGCUGCUCGGAGUGUGGUGAGAAGAAUUGGGACCAAUCUACCCUUGAAACCUUGUCCCCGGGCAUCCUUUGAGACCCUGCCUAACAUCUCUGACCUGUGUUUGAGAGAUGUACCUCCAGUCCCUACUCUGGCUGACAUUGCUUGGAUUGCUGCAGAUGAAGAGGAAACAUAUGCCCGGGUCAGGAGCGACACGCGCCCUCUGAGACACACCUGGAAACCCAGCCCUCUGAUUGUCAUGCAACGUAAUGCCUCAGUGCCCAAUCUGCGUGGGUCUGAAGAGAGGCUUCUGGCUCUCAAGAAACCAGCCCUGCCCGCCCUAAGCCGCAGCACUGAGCUGCAGGAUGAACUAAGCCACUUGCGCAGUCAGAUUGCUAAAAUAGUGGCAGCAGAUGCAGCUUCGGCUUCAUUAACGCCAGAUUUCUUAUCUCCAGGAAGUUCAAAUGUCUCUUCUCCUUUGCCUUGCUUUGGAUCCUCAUUCCACUCUACAACUUCCUUUGUCAUUAGUGACAUCACUGAGGAGACUGAGGUAGAGGUCCCUGACCUCCCAACAAUCCCCCUGCUUUGUUCUGCCAGCCCUGAAUGUUGCAAACCAGAACACAAAACUACCUGCAGCUCAUCUGAAGAGGAUGACUGCAUCUCUCUGUCCAAGGCCAGCAGCUUUGCAGACAUGAUGGGCAUCCUGAAGGAUUUUCACCGGAUAAAACAGAGCCAAGACCUGAGCCGGAGUUUACUGAAGGAAGAAGACCCUGCUGUACUUAUCUCUGAGGUCCUUAGGAGGAAGUUUGCUCUGAAGGAGGAAGACAUCAGUAGAAAAGGAAACUGACAGCACUGGCUCUGCAAAUUCAAGUCUCUUGCUCCUGACCUCCUUCAAUAGCUGCCUUCCUCGCUGCAGAUGUCUGUCUGGGUUAGAAUCUGCAACAGUCUUGCUGACUAGGGCUCCCGCUGGAAGAAAAGAGCUGGAUUAUGUUACCUGCACUUAAACUUGGCAGAAACUAAGGUUUAUGGGUUUUUUGAGAUGAGGCGUUUGUUACAGGUAGGGUGGAGUGUCUCUGUUUAAGGGGUGACGUUUCUUGUUUUUCUUUUGUCUCUGUGAAAAUAGGCCCUAAAUGACUUAAUCCACUACAUUAGACUCAUAAUUGGUCUCACUGGACACUUUGUGCACAGCUGUCACUCACUCUCAGCAGCUUCC